UCCUGCCUCGUCACUCUUCCUCUUCCUCCUGUCACUACAGUAGCUGGUUCUGGAAUCUAUACCCACUGCAUGAGGAGGAUGGCGCCUUGCGGGGCUGUGCUACUGCUGGUGCUGGCUACAUUCCUGGGCGAUGUGAGGGGUCACGGACGCCUGAUGGACCCGCCCGCACGCAACGCUAUGUGGAGACUUGGCUAUCCGAACCCCGUUAACUACAACGACAACGAACUGUACUGCGGAGGCUUCGUGGUUCACUACCAGAAGAACGGAGGCAAGUGUGGUGUGUGCGGGGACAACUACAAGGACAAGGAGCCGCGGGACCACGAGGCAGGAGGCUUGUUCGGCAAUGGCAUCGUUGCUAAGCGCUACGUGUCUGGCCAGGUGAUCGACAUUGAAGCUGAGCUGACCACCAACCACUGGGGCUACAUGGAGAUCAAGCUAUGUCCUCACAAUGACCCGUCCAUGGAGGUCACCCAGGCGUGCCUUGACCAGUACACGCUGCCCAUGGAGGGGACCACGGAGACGCGCUUCGUGAUCCCCCAGGACAGCAAGAAAACGGAGAUCUUCAAGUGGCGCGUCAAGCUGCCGGACGGCAUCAUCUGCUCCAACUGUGUAUUGCAGUGGAAGUACUUCGCAGGCAACACGUGGGGCCUGUCUUCGAAUGGCAGCGGGGCGGUGGGCUACGGACCGCAGGAGACAUUCAUCAACUGUGCAGACAUCACCAUCAACACCAACAUCCCCUCGGGCGUGUUCCCUGACGCCUUCGUGGACAAUCCGUGGCAGCUAUACUUCAGGGGCAGCUACCCUGGGGUGAAGGAGAAUAAGAAACCCAAGCCUGGAUCUGGUGGCCUCGUCCCGCUGGUCAUCAGGAGCCAGCUGUGCAUUCCCGUGGACCACUACCAGCGACAAGUACACAUGUCGGAAUGGUGCAUGAGAAAUUGCAUGCAAUACCCGCCCAACUGCGAUCCCACCUACUGCAAGUGUGUGUACGAGUGUGUGGCUGUGGGCGAAUUGAGGAAUCAGGAGCAUGGGGACCGUUACUGCCACCAGGAGUGUCUCAGGUACCCGUCCAACUGUUCCGCGGCGCUGUGCCACUGCUUCUAAACUUAAAAUGAGCAGCUGAUUGAACCUUGUAAACCACCACCACUGCACCACCGCACCGCCACCACACCGCCGCCACACCACCCAGCCAGUCAGUGUCAUAUCUUACAGUAUCUACCGCUGAACCAGGAAUGAACAGGUAUUUGAACCGUAGAACCACUGCAAUCAUACAACCACGUAUUCUAGUACAAUUGUUAUAAAAUUUUGUUUAUGCGAUUUUUCCUUUAUUCUAUUUUAUCCAUUUAUAUAUUUAUUUUUUUCUUAAGAGCAAAACACAUUUACUACUUUAUUUGUUAAUCGAUACGUCUUGCUUUUUGUUAGAUUUUGAAGUGGUUUCAUUCUCUGAGGUUUGUUAUAGAUACAUCAGUUGUUCCGUGUGUGUGUGUGUGUGUGUGUGUGUGUGUGUGUGUGUGUGUGUGUGUGUGUUGAGAAACAGAUCUUGUGAACUAUUAGAGUAAGUUAUUGUUAUAUUGUUAUCUUAUAUUGUAUAUGAAGAUUAUCAUGUGCUUUGUUAGUGUGGCUGGUUGACAGGCUGACUGGUUGGCUGAUUGGCUAGCUGACUGAAUGACCGAGUAACUGGAUGGUUGACUGGAUGGCUCGCUGGGUGGUGUUAUGGCUGACUGAGCGAUGGAUUGACUGACUGGCUUAAUGGCUGGAUGGUUGGAUGGCUGGCUGGGGAAGGUGUUUGCAAGAUGAAUGCAGUACGUGUGUGUGUGUGUGUGUGUGUGUGUGUGUGUGUGUGUGUGUGUGUGUGUGUGUCCUCAAAGUAUGUUUACUAUUUGCUCCUAUUAAUUUUCAAUUCAUUAAUUGUUCAGUUUGUUUAUUGUUAAAUUGUAGAUCUUAGUAGUUUCUUUGUUACUUUGCUUUUGUCUCUGUUCGAUCGUUCCUGCAUUGCAUUUGCUUUAUUUGCUAUUUAUUUACUUAUUUAUUUAUUUAUUUGAUCAAUUAUGUACCAAUCCAUAUUAUCUCCUGUUAAUUUCUGUUAUAUAGGUGGCAAAUUGGUGACUCCAUUAUACGCUACCUGCA